AUGACGUUAGGAAUCGAUCAACCAUUUCAAUUCGAAACUUUACAACUUCACGCGGGUCAAAAACCAGAUUCUGCAACAAAUGCAAGAGCUGUACCAAUUUAUGCUACAACUUCAUUCACUUUUAGAAAUGUUGAAAAUGCAAAUGCAUUAUUUAGUAUGAAGGAAACUGGACAUAUCUAUAGCAGAAUCGAUAAUCCUACACAAAACGUAUUUGAAGAAAGAAUGGCAGCACUUGAAGGAGGUGUCGCAGCUCUUGCAACAUCUUCAGGACAAGCGGCGCAAUUUAUGGCAAUCAUGAAUAUUUGCGUUACUGGUGAUAAUAUUGUUUCUUCAAGUUAUCUUUAUGAUUUUGCAGAAUUGAUUGACGAAAAUACCAAAGCUAUUUAUUUUGAAUCUGUGGGAAAUCCAAAAUUUAAUAUCCCAGAUUUUGAAGAAAUUAGUGAUAUUGCACAUAAAGCAGGAAUUCCAGUAAUUGUGGAUAAUACAUUUGGAGCGGGAGGAUAUUUAAUUCAACCAUUUAAGUACGGAGCAGAUAUCGUAGUUCAUAGUGCAACAAAAUGGAUUGGCGGCCAUGGUACAACAAUCGGUGGUGUUAUUAUAGAUGGUGGUAAAUUUCCAUGGAAUAAUGGAAAAUUUCCGAUGUUUACAAGCCCUUCACCGGGUUAUCAUGGUACGAUAUUUUGGGAAAUGUUUGGUAAUAUGUCCUUUAUAAUUAAAGCCCGUUUAGAAAUAUUGCGAGAUGUUGGUGCAUGUCAAAAUCCUUUCGGGGCAUUUCUUUUAUUACAAGGCAUUGAGACUUUAUCAUUACGUGUACAAAGACAAGCGGAUAAUGCUUUAGAAUUAGCCAAAUGGUUAGAAGGACGUGAUGAGGUGUCCUGGGUUUCUUAUCCUGGUCUUGAAUCCCAUCCUUAUCAUGAAAAUGCCAAAAAAUAUAUGAGAAAUGGAUUUGGUUGUGUAUUAGCUUUUGGUAUAAAAGAUGGUAUUGAAGCUGGUAACAAAUUGAUUGAUUCUCUUAACCUUGCUAGGUACGAUUAUCAUCAUAAUAAAGCGUUGUAUUAUCAUUUCAAUAGAGACGCAAAGACUUUGAUCAUAAAUCCGGCAGCAACUACUCACCAACAAUUAAGUGAUGAAGAACUUAUAAGCGCUGGAGUCACAAAGGACCUAAUUCGUGUUUCUGUAGGUUAUGAACAUAUUGAUGAUAUAAAGAAUGAUUUCGAACGUGGUGUAGAAUGGUUAUCCCAAUAUUAUGGAAAUAUCCAUCUUAACCAACAAGAAAAAUCCCUGUUGAUCUCACAGGGCAUCUUAACGACGGAAGAGGAGACUACACCGUUAUUUCCAUAUGCGAAAUAUUUAAAAGCUUAUCACAAUUUGAUUUAUGGAUAUCGAUUCGAUGGUGGUUAG